AUGGCAAUUGGCAAGCCGGCCCCCAAGAGGAGGAGAUUAGUCAAAGGCUCCUCCGCCAGCUCCUCCAACCCCAGCGCUCAACCCACCGCCGCCGCUGUGGCCAAAGGCAAGAAAGCUGCCACCACCGCUGCCAUUGCAAGCUCCAAGUCUCCAACUGACGGGACGAGCCAACUCCCUGCCGCCGAAGCUUCCGCCGCCGCGGCCACUGAGCCUGUCACUGUCACAGCCCUCGAUUCUGCUGCCGCUGGUACAACCACCGGUGCCGCCUCCAAGUCUGCCACUAUAGGCGCCACAACAACAACCGCUGACCAGUCAUCAACUGCUGGCAUAAGCGCCACAGCCACCGCCACAUGCUCCAAUGCUGCCGCCGGGGAGAAAGAGAGAGAAACAGAAAAAGAAAACCCAAAGUCUCCCCCGCGCCAAGUCACACCUCCUAGCCCGCCUCCCACGAACGAUGAACGUUCCUUGUCUCCCCCGCCUCGCCAAGAAGAAAGACCCUCUCCCGACGCCGCCACUACUUUCGAGGCAGCCCAGAUUGAGCAAGCCCCUGGUAACAGAGGUGGUUCUUCUAGCCACUUCAACAUGCUACCCAAUGCUAUUGAGCCCUCAGAGUUCUUGCUCAUUGGCCUCAACCGCGACGCCAUAGAAAAAGAAGUGUUGAGCCGAGGCAUUAACGAGACCAAGGAGGAGACCCUUGCCCGUCUUCUACGCGCUGGGUGCAUCUUCGCCCACGCGUUUGACAACUUCAACUCCGCAGCUGCUGAAGCUGAACGGUUGAAGGCUGAGAGCGCUCAGCACCAAGAAGCCGCUGCCGCUUCGACAAACUGGUGGCGCAGGCGGGAAAGGAAAAAGUUCACGCCGACAAGUUGA